AUGUGUUGUAACUACUACGGAAACUCCUGUGGCGGCUGUGGCUCUGGCUGUGGCUGUGGAUAUGGAUGUGGCUAUGGCUCCCGCUAUGGCUGCGGCUAUGGCUCUGGCUGUGGCUCUGGCUGUGGCUCUGGAUGUGGCUCUGGCUGUGGCUCUGGAUGUGGCUCUGGCUGUGGCUAUGGCUCUGGCCGAGGAUAUGGUUCUAAAGGCGGAUAUGGCUGUGGAUACAGCUCCCGCUAUGGCUGUGGAUAUGGCUGUGGCUCUGGCUCUGGCUGUGGAUAUGGCUCCAAAGGAGGAUACGGCUGUGGGUUCAGCUCCCGCUAUGGCUGCGGCUAUGGCUGUGGCUACUAA